AUGGGCUCAAUCGGCGAUCUCAAUCCGGGUGGGAGCAUAGCCGUCGGAAUCAUUGUUGGCUUGUUAUCUACCGGUGUGCAAAGCCUUGGAAUAACGCUUCAGCGCAAGUCACACAUCCUCGAAGACGAAAAGGGUCCCCACGAUAUACGAAGACCGCCACACCGCAGAAGAAGAUGGCAAAUUGGCAUGGGCAUGUUCAUAGUGUCCAACUUGCUGGGUAGUACCGUUCAAAUUUCGACGCUUCCGCUCCCAGUUCUCUCGACUCUCCAGGCCUCGGGUCUGGUCUUCAACUCGAUAUGCGCUUCUCUAAUCCUGGGAGAGCCGUUCACACGGUGGUCGAUUGGUGGCACGUUACUUGUUUGCACCGGUGCGCUACUGAUCGCUAUUUUUGGAGCCAUCCCGAGCCCUCCGCACACACUUGAAGAGCUGCUCAUCCUGCUCGGCCGCACGCCGUUUGUGGUCUGGAUGUGUCUGCAAGCCGUGCUUGUAAUAACUGUGGCGGCUGCGACGGAGUCGCUCAAUCACGUUUUCAAAAAACUGGCGCAGAACCCUAGGUUUCGGCUGGUCCGGGGCUUAGCUUACGGAUGCAUCAGUGGUAUUCUGUCCGCACACUCGUUGCUUGUGGCCAAAUCAGCGGUCGAGCUUGUCAUCAAGACGUUGACAGGCGGAAGUAACCAGUUUGUCCAUUGGCAAUCGUGGGUUUUACUUCUUGCACUCGUGACACUGGCCCUAACGCAGCUAUACUAUCUACAUAGAGGCCUAAAGCUGGUCUCCACUUCGGUCCUAUACCCAUUGGUAUUCUGCAUCUACAACAUCAUCGCCAUUCUUGACGGUCUCAUCUACUUUGACCAAAUGAACCAGCUCAGUUUGAAGAGUGCCCUGCUCAUAGCGUUGGGCACUGUCAUUCUGCUGUCUGGUGUAUUGGCACUCUCGUGGCGUCUCAGCGAUGAGCAGCACCCGCCAGCAGUUGGCCAAUCUACGCUCGCGCCGGGGCUUGGCCUUGUCGAGGACACGGACGGCGAAGAAGACGACGAGGAAGGACUCCUGCUUGGCUCGGACUUCGGCCGUGUCGGGGACGAGGACGAUGUCCUAGAGUCGAGCACGUACACCACAUACCAAACAGUCGGCAGUGAACGCAGGCCAUCGCUGCUCGCAAUAGGAGAUCAACAAAGGCCUCUGUCCCUGAAUCUCACACCAACACGGAAGAAGACAUCUUAUUCUUCCAAGCGCACGAGCUGGGCGGAACGUGUUGAAAUUUGGGGCGAGCUUGAGGACCUCGAACGCCCUGCAUCUCCGGCCUUUAGCAGAAGUCGGAGCCAGACACUACCUUCCAUGGUGGGUGGAUCUGACAUGCCACCGCGCAGAGGGUUCAGUAGCGGUAGUCCUUUUAGUCCUGGCGGUGUGGCAGUUGUUGAGGCGACUGAGGACGCAGGGGGCGAUGCAGAUACCGAGGCCCAACAUGGCCGUUUGCGUCUCCGUCGCCGGAGGCGGUCCACGGGGUUUCCAGGAUUUCAUGCUAGGAAGACUAGAAGGAAGAGUUCAGGAGGGCUUCAGGACGCUAUUAGCGGACUCUGGAGAAACAGGUGGUGGAACGCGUCAUCUGGGUCGAAGGGCAAAGGUCCUGCCGUCGAUCCACAAGGGGAGGACAUGCCUGCUUUUCCUCCUUAUAGGGAUGACCCUAACGAUGAAGAACAGGGAGGACCAAGUCCGAACAGUGCAAGCUCUUCCUCACGUGACGGGCCACCAGGGAACGAUUCGAACGUAUAA